AUGGAGCACUGCUGUUUACUAUGGUCAUUUGGGCAGGAGGGUGAAUGGGAGGACACUCUGAGCCUUCCGUGUGGUAUCGCUACAAACAUCAAAGGACAGUUCCUGAUAGCAGACAGUGGGAUCUUGAAGGUGUUUGAUAGCAACGGAAAGUUUGAUUUUAAGUUUGAUCCUCAAGCUGAUGGCACCGAUACAACGUUACAUAUUGUAGAUGUCGCUGCAGGCGAGGGCGAAAAAAUCUAUCUACUUGUCACACUGAACAAGCCUGGGGCUAAGAAAUGUAGGGAAGUGCAGGUUUACAACAAGAUUGACAACAAGACCGCUGACCUAGAGCACACGUUUCCUGUGAGGAGCGGGGAUUGGACGGAAGACAAACUAACAGUGAGCAGUCUCAAACAAGGCAGCAAAAUUCUGCUGAAGACAUACCUGUGGAAGUCGAUGGGACGUACUAUUGUUGAUGUGCACGAACCGAGUGGCGAGUUUGUUUGCAGCUUUGAAGUGUUCAAGAAUGAAAUCGAUAUCUCUGCUACUUGUGAUGGUCGCGUUAUGAUAAUGGACCGAGCCGAUCAAAGUGUGUACGCAUUUGAUGUGGAGGGACACCAGCUUGGCAAAUUUGAUAUCAAAUCCGAGGGAGAUUGCUAUAAUUUCAUUGCAUGUCACCUGUCAGGUGAACAUGUCGUCCUUGCUGGUUUUAAAAGAAGGACAGGCCACACUACGCUGGCUAUACACACUGUCAAUGGCGAAUUUGUUCGCAGAAUUCAGCUGGGUAAAGCACAGAGUUAUUUAGGUUGGGGAGUAACAGUGACCGUGGAGGAUCACAUUGCUGUGGGUUUUACAGAUGAGGAUUACAAAGAAAAGGUAACCUUAAUUGUUGUUUAA